AUGCUUCAUCUAGAAAUCGAAGUAUAAUCUUUGUAGUUCUUUAUUGAAAAAUAUUCAGAAUAAUGCAAAAUAAUCAUUCUUGAUGGUAAUUUAUAAAUCUUAUUAUUAGUGAAUGAAUCUAAAAUUUUGACGUCUAAAAUAUUGAGUCAAUGUUCUAGUGUUUAAGAUAUUAAUGAAGUUGUUUAGUUUGAUUUUUAUUAUACUGAAAACAGAUAUGUAAAUUAAAUAUAUCUUAUCUAGUUAAAAAUAAUGUUCUAAGAUUGCAAAGUAUGUUAUGGAGAAGCAAUUCUCAAUCUAGGUUUUUAUAUUGAAAAUAAUUUACCAUUGGUUAUUGAUAAAAUUCCUAUUCAUAAUAGAUAUGAUCAAGAAGCUUAUAUUUAAGUAGGAUUGGCAUGGAACUAAUUAAAUUAAAGUGAAUAUAAAAGACUUGGAAACAAUAGAUGGUAAAAAUUAUAUAUCGAAUUUAGUAAAAUUAACUAAGAAAUUAAAAAAAGUGAAGAGUGGCUUAGAUAAAAGAGAGAAUGCUAACAUUCCCCAAUAUAAGAAAGAGGAGAAAAUUUGAUUCAUAAUAGAGAAGACACUUUAAAGAAAUAUUCUGAAUAACAAAACAAUUUUGAAAAUCACUUAAAAUAUUCAGAAAUUGAUAAAUUAAAUGAAGGUGAUGUAAAUACUAAAAGAUAAUAAACUGUAAGAGUUUAAAAACUUAGUAUAUAAUAAUAAAAAUCUAAAGAGGAGAAAUCUGAUAUAGAUGGACCUAUAGGUUAGAGAGAAAAUAAAUUUGUAGUUCCAGGCAAAAAAAGGACAAAAAAUGUAUAAAAUCAUGAAGAAAUAAUGAGAGGUUCAACAAAACCUAAAGCUAAUCCUAAAAAAUUAGAUUAAUUUGAUAAUUUCAAUUCUAGACCAACUUAAAAUGAAUAAGCAUUGUUAUUAUCUUGUAGAUAAUUAGAAAAUGGAGAAUAGGAUGAGAAUUCUUUAUAAAUUUAAAAUCAGAUUUUAUAAUAUAAGAAUAAAUAAAUGAAACAAUAAAAUGAUAAGUUAUAAGAAUAAAUAAAAAAAUCUGAAGCUGCUUUUAAUUUAUUAUCAGAAACAUAUGCUGCACUUUAAUCAGAUUAUAAAAAAAUGUAGAUUUAAAGUUUCAAUAGUAAUUUUAGUAACUCAUUUAUUAAUGAAUUAUAUAAUUUACCUGAUAAACACAGUAAAGAAUUUUAGUAAAUAAAAAAAGAAUCAGAAAUACUUAAAAAAGAAAAUGAAAUACUUCUAAAAGAAAAUGAUAUAUUAAAAAAUGAGAAAGAUUCAUAAUAAUAAAAAUAUAAUCAAGAAAUAUUGAAAUUAAAUGAAGAAUUAAAUAAAAUUAAAAAUAAUUAUAAUGAAUUAUAAAAAGAUAAGAUUUAACUCUAAAACUAUCUUGAAACACAAAAGAAUACAUAAAUUAAUAAAUAAUAUUGUAUUUGUUUUUAAAAGGAAGAUUUUAGUACAAACAGAGAUAAAUUAUAGUAUAAUACAAGUAUUUGUGUAGAAACUAUCUAUUAAGUUAAUGAUGAAAAAGGAAGGGCAUAGACAUGUAAAAAUUAAAUUGAUAAUUUAUUAAAAAAUGAUGGAAAGUAAAAAUAAUAUACAAUUUACCUCUAGAUUAAAUUAAUUUUCACAAUAAGAAUUACAUAAAUUGGUAUAGGAAUAUUCCAAUUAAUUAUAAAUUAUCUAAAAAGAAAAUCAAUAAUUAAGUAAAGAUUAAAUAUAAUAUUAAGUACUUAAUUCCAAGAAAGACUAAAUUAGACUUGAGAGUUAUUAAAAAGAAUUAGAAAUAACUAAAGUAAUUAUAUUUAAUAUUAUUUUAAUUAGAGAAUAGUUAAAUUAAGUGAUCAAAGAUGCAAUUCCCUAGAACAUUAAAUUGUAUAAUUAGAGAAGGCUGUUCUAAAUGGUAAAUAAAAUAUUGCUGAUAUGAUUAAUGCAGUCAUGGAAUGUGGAGGAUAAAAACUAUAUGAUUAAGUGGAAAGAUGUUUAGCAUUUAGAAGAAGUUUAAAAUUAGAAUGA